AUUACAAUUUAUUUGCCAACUAGUGCACUCCCACUGUCUACCCUGCUGAUCCCUUUGAUCCCGUCGAAGAUGCCAGCAUUUUGCGUAAAGCCAUGAAGGGCUUUGGCACCGACGAAAAGGCCAUUAUUGAGAUUUUGGCCCGUCGCGGCAUUGUUCAACGUUUGGAAAUUGCCGAAGCCUUUAAGACCUCUUUCGGUAAAGAUUUAAUCUCCGAUUUGAAAUCCGAAUUGGGUGGUAAAUUCGAAGAUGUUAUCAUUGCUCUCAUGACUCCCCUGCCACAAUUCUAUGCCCAAGAAUUACACGAUGCUGUAGCCGGUUUGGGUACCGAUGAAGAAGCCAUCAUUGAAAUUCUCUGCACUCUAUCGAACUUUGGUAUUAAGACCAUUGCCCAGUUCUAUGAACAAAGCUUUGGCAAAUCUCUAGAAUCAGACUUGAAGGGUGAUACCUCGGGACAUUUCAAGCGUUUGUGUGUGUCUUUGGUGCAAGGCAAUCGUGAUGAAAAUCAAGGUGUCGAUGAAGCUGCUGCUGUGGCUGAUGCCCAAGCUCUAUACGAAGCCGGUGAAGGUCAAUGGGGCACCGAAGAAUCAGUAUUCAAUUCCAUUUUAGUUACCCGCUCCUACCAACAAUUACGCCAAAUCUUUUUGGAAUACGAAAACUUGGCUGGCCAUGAUAUCGAAAAAGCCAUCAAACGUGAAUUCAGCGGCGCAGUUGAGAAGGGCUUCUUAGCCAUUGUCAAGUGCUGCAAGUCAAAAGUUGACUAUUUUGCCGAACGUUUGUAUGAUUCUAUGCACGGUUUGGGCACUAAGGAUAAGACUUUAAUUCGUAUCAUUGUCAGCCGUUCGGAAAUCGAUUUGGGUGAUAUUAAAGAAGCAUUCCAAAAUAAAUAUGGCAAGAGUUUGGAAUCCUGGAUUAAGGACGAUAUGGAUGAUGACACCGGCUAUGUUUUGGCCACUUUAGCUUCUUAUUAAGUCGCAAGUUUAUUUCUCUUGUCUAUUUCACAAUU